AUGUCGCAGCUCACGCCCCAGAGCAGCCAAGGCUCUGCAGACUCCGCACAUAUCGAUCUGCAACACCGACAGCACGAUUACCACUCGUGGCAGCAGCAGCAGCGCAUGCACAACCAGCAAACUAAUCUACCCGCGUCUCCUUCCUCUCCCACUCUGCCUUCUUCAGCCUCCUUUUCUUCGACCUCCUCCUUUUCGUCUCCUUCCCCCACGCAACGUUCCCGCGACGGCAGAGGAAGUCCGCAGCAUACUUACCGCCAGUCUUAUGGACCCAGCUCUUCGGCCCUCUUGCAAACCAGCCUCAGCAGCUCUGCGCCGCUCUCUUCAAGAUCUCGAAAGGCUGCCCCUAGUCCGCUGCACAUGAGCACUGUUGCUCCUUCGACGACCAUAAAUCCUUCAGCAUUCAACUUCCCCUUCGCCGCCUCUCCGUCACUGGGCCACCUGCAAGGCGCUGAAGAUUCGCGAACCCCCAACGUUGUCCCCCUGAUCGUCACCUCCUUGCCUAGGCCAGUAGCGGACUCUGCCGACCAGUUUGCAGAGACCGAGAAGACAUAUUUCGACAGCGCCUCCUCCGGAGACGCAUCACCCACUGGCGAGACAAGCCAGAGUCCAACAAUAUCGCCCAUUUCACCCCGCACUCCGAAUGACCAUCGAAGCGUCUCUGAAUCGGUUGUAUCCUCGAAGCCUCUCUCAGGGGCGACCGUCUCAUCUCGGGCAGCCAUGGCCGGCUCUUCUGCCACAAGGCAUGCUGAAGCCACAAACGGCGUGCCGCGAAACUCGUCCAUCGAUUCUGGCGUGUCUGCUCUCUCUAAUGGCUCUGGCCAGCGUAAAGGCUCCACGGACGGUGACGCGACCAGCCAUGAUAUUCCUUCCAUAAUCAAGGCUGCCGGCAGCCCAGAGGCUGUUAUCGAGCACCUGCUGAAGGAGAAGCACGCCCAAUAUCAGCAGAAUGCCCAGCUAUGGCGGCUCGUCGACAAGCAGAGGGCAAUGAUUCUUGGCCUCAACAAGGACCUAGAGCGCGCGCUCAAGGACAAGGAGAGAUAUCGGAAGAAGCUAAAAGAGACACUGGCGGGCCAGACCCGGAACCUAUCUACUACUCCAGCGUCAUCGUCCACGUUGAUACAAGAGCACCGCAGCCGGGCCGUGGACAACGAUGAGAUGGCGGAAGAGAUGGCGGCUCCUACUGCCGUUGCAGCGAAGACCACUGUUUCCGAAUAUGCUGAGUCUCCUAUCGAACCGACGCCGAUCCGCUCACCUGUCGAUGUCAGCAUGGCCCCUUAUCCCAUCACGCCGCCUGCGGAUCAGCCUAGCCAUGCGCCGUCAACAGUUGCUGGUGAUCUAUUAGACCCGGUCUCCUCAAUGCCUCGUCCUCAGGACCACGCCUUGGACAACUUCGACCUUGAAGCUGAGGACCGAGCAGCCGACUCGGUUAGGAAAAUAGCAAACAGCACUUCUGACCUUCUUAUCAACUUCUCUCUGCCACCCUCGCGCAGUCUGCCCAGCAUUCCACCACAGGUGCCGCCACCACGGAUACCACCCCCACCACCGCCCGUGUCUUCUGCCAGUACCAAGGCCAUUGACGAGAGCAUCGAGCAGUUUCCGUCACCACCACCACCACCACCACCACCACGGAAAGCGCCACCAGCACCGCUGUUGCUUCGCGAUUUGCGGGCUAGUCUCAGCGCCCCAAUCGACGACGAAGUGCUCGAGUCGGAUUCCGACUAUGACUCGCUUCUUGAAGUGACGGAGAUCAGGGAGACCGACAAGCGGGGACGGCGCCGGACGAGAGAGGAAGACGACCGUGAGCGAGAGAUCCUGGCAAGAAAAGAAGCCGAGAUACGCAGCUUGUCGAAAAAGAGCAAGCAGAGCAGCAGCGCGCACGACGCUGCUACUAAUACCAUUUCAGGCUCCGUAUCACAGAUCGAAGUCCCGAUUAUCACACAAACUGUAGUCUUACAGCCUCUGCUGGAUCCGACGUCAUUGGAUGGUGUUUUGACCACCGAGCGUGGCGGGCAGUCUCUCUUGAGACGCAAUUUCUCCGCCCCCAUGCUGAGUCCGGGAUUGCCGUCGAGUCCUCGUCCUGUCGGACACCCGAAAUCGCCCAUGCAUUCGCCCCCAAUGUCUCCGCGGUUGGCUCCUGGCUUUCCUUCUGUCGGACCUGUGCCACUUUCGCCGCGGCCACCACGCCAAGCGAUUCCGUUGCCUCCAAAUACGCCUUUGCAGACGCCAUCUCCUGCCCCUGCUACCGGUGAACCGCUGCGCCUGGUGACCUCAAAGACUUUGAACGAUUUGAAGGCUGGGGAUUUGUCUAUGUUGGUGCCCUCAAGUCCGUCGACGAAGUCCGAGAACAGCCUGGAUAGCCCAGCCGGACAAUCUGUUCGGAUGCGGAUCUUCAAAGGCUUCGUCACCGAGGAAUAUCCCGAUCUUCUGCUUCCUCCCAAUGCGCUGCCGUCUGUCGACAUCAAGGUGGCUUCGUCGCGUAUGAAGCCGUCACGCGCCAGUUUGCUUUCCCUGACGCAGUUGGAGGAAGAUCCGGUUUUCACGCUUGCUGUUUUUUCACGAGCUGAUGGCGGCGAACUCUGGCGCGUGGAAAAGGACUCUCUGUCUCUGAUCAAGCUGGACCAACGCAUGAAGCAGUGUGCAAGCUUCACGGCGAGGACGCCAGACCGAUCGCUUUUUAGCGGACACGCGCCUGCCAAGCUCGACGCUCGACGCCAGGCUCUCGACAGUUACCUUGACGAGUUGGUGAACACACCGCUGGACACGAACACGGCCAUUGAGCUGUGCCGGUACCUCUCGACAAGCACGCUACCACCCAAUGCCGACGAGAACGGCUCCGCGUCGCCCGUGGUAGCAAAGGAGGGCAAGGUCAUAACUCACAAGACCGGUGCUGGCGGGCGUCCCCUGAUGGCCGGCUACCUCACGAAGCGCGGCAAGAACUUUGGUGGCUGGAAGGCUCGCUUUUUUGUUCUGGAUGGCCCGGUUCUCAAGUACUAUGAGACACCUGGCGGUGCCCAUCUGGGAAGCAUCAAACUACGAAACGCUCAGAUUGGCAAGCAGUCGCAAAAUAGCGACAACUCGUCGCCCGGGCGGCCAGGCGGUGGUACAAAUGACGAUCUGGACAAUCAGUACCGGCAUGCUUUCCUGAUUUUGGAGCCUAAGAAGAAGGACCCUAGUGCACUCACUAAGCACGUGUUGUGUGCUGAGAGUGAUCGGGAGCGUGACCAGUGGGUAGACACCCUGCUUCGGUGGAUUGACUACCGCGAUCCGGACGACGACGACGAUGUGCCGGUCAAUUCCAGGAGGGAGCCAGAGAGGCAGCAAGGGACACAUGGGGCGCAUGAUGGUUCGCGGCCCAGCACCUCCUCUGCGUCCAAGAAGAAGUUCAACCCGGUCAAGAAGCCGCGGCAGCAUCAGAACAGCUCUGCCGACAGCAAGGACGGACUCAUCGGCAUGAGCUACGACAAUGUGCAGGCAGGGGAGACACCACAGGGGGCCCCGGGAUCGCGGCAUCCCGAGUCGGAGGCACCACAGAGCACAAUGUCGCAAUCGCCAUACGCAAUUUCAGCACCGCGGGAUCCCCAGGUCCUCACAGAGUCGACGCCUUGGACCAACCGAGCUCUUCUCGGAGGAGGACUUGCGCCGCCAUCGGUGGAAGAGAAGAAGGCUAGGAAGCGCAGCUUCUUUGGAUUUGGCCCGAAGACGCGCACACCUGGCGAAGGAUCCCAGGACACGCUGUUUGGCGAGUCGAAUGGCGGCACCGGUCAUGGCAACGUUAGCAAUGGAGGCUACGGCGGACCGAUUCGGCAGGUAUUCGGAGCACCGUUGGCAGAGGCGGUGCACUACAACUCGCCUACCGACGUGAGGGUGCCGCUGCCCGCAGUGGUGUACCGCUGCAUUCAAUAUCUCGACGCUCGCGGCGCCACGACGGAAGAGGGCAUAUUCCGCCUGAGCGGGUCGAACAUUGUUAUCAAGCAGCUCCGAGAGCGGUUCAACAACGAGAGCGACGUCAACCUGCUGGUGGACACAAACUACUACGACAUCCACGCGGUGGCCUCGCUGCUAAAAAUGUACCUGCGGGAGCUGCCGACGACGAUUUUGACGCGCGAACUGCACAAUCAGUUUCUGACCGUGACCGAGAUGUCCGAUCAAGACGAGAAGCUGGCCGCGCUCGGCGAGCUGGCCCUGCGACUGCCCGAAGCCAAUGCCACGCUGCUCAAAUACCUGAUUGCGUUUCUGAUCAAGAUCAUCAACCGCGCGGACAAGAACAAGAUGACGGUGCGCAAUGUCGGGAUUGUGUUUUCGCCGACGCUCAACAUCCCUGCGCCUGUCUUUGCCAUGCUACUGCAGAACUACGCAGCGAUCUUUGGGAUCGAGCCGGAGGAGUAUGAGCUGUCUUCGCCGGCAGCGGACGGCCUGCACCAGCAGCACCCGUCGGUGACGUCGUUGGAGAUACCCCAGCGCCAGUCGACGGCGCAGGCGUCAGAAUCGCCUCAUCGCCAGCGGCUGCUGGAGGCCAUGAUGAACGGCAACCUCAAUAGCAAUCGAAACACGCCCACGCCACCUCCGAUUGUGACGAGUGCGUCCAUGCCGCAGUUCUCACAGCCGCGAUUGGCACCGACACCACCGCCAACCAUGGCAAGCCAGCAGCAGCAACAUCGUGUGACGGCUUACGAACCACAGUACCUUCUACAGCAGCAGGGAAGCGGCCAGGUCCCGUUCCGUCCGGCAUAUGAGAGUGGCUUUGUGGUGCCUCAGGGAUACGACGCGACUCAGAUGCCUGCAGCUACGGCGAACAACCCAGGCUAUGACCGUCCGAUCUAUGAGACGAACGGCUCUGGGCCGGUACCCUAUGACAGCAGUGCGUUUGGGGCGAAGGCCAGCAGCCGGCGCGAAAGCUCCAUCUUCCCGGGCGGCAUUGGCAUGGGCUUGAAUUCGCAGGGCGCUCGAAGCCGGCUGCGGGAGGAAAACCGGUACUAG